AUGAGUACUAAAGAUUUUCGUGUAGUUGUGGCUAUUGACUUUGGCACAACAUGCAGUGGAUUUGCUUAUUCGCACACCGAAACUCAUGACAUAACAGUUCAUAAAACGUUUCCCGGACAUACCGCACCAAAGACUAAUACCGUUCUCAAAUAUGAUAACAAUUGGAAAGUUAUUCAUUGGGGGAAUCAAGCACUUGUAAAAACGCAAUCAAGAAGAAAAAAAGCAAAUCUGAGUAAUUCUCAUCCAGUCGAGCUGUUCAAACUUCAUCUACUUGAUAUAGAUGAGGGAAAUAAACCGUAUCUGCCUAAAGAACUGGAUUAUAAAACCGUGAUUACUGACUUUCUUACUAAAAUGCAACAGUUAGUUUUUGAAACACUAUUAUUACGAUGGCCCAGUUUAACAUUGCCGAAAAUCAGAUUUGUCUUCUCGGUACCUGCUGAAUUGGAGUCUAAAACUAGAAGAAUUCUACGAGAAUGUAUUUAUAAGGCUGGUUUCUUGACGGAUAAAGAUUCGGAUAAUUUAGAAUUUAUAUCUGAACCUGAAGCUGCGGCGAUAUACUGCAUGCAAAUCUUAAAAGAACAUGAGUUGAAAGUCGGGGACUCUUUUAUGGUCUGUGACUGUGGUGGUGGCACAGUAGACUUAACUACUCGUACACUUCUUCCUGAAAAUCAACUUGGCGAAAUAACAGAAAGAACCAGCGAUCUUUGUGGCAGCACCUUCGUUGACAAUGAAUUCAUUUUAUUUUUAGGACGUCGUUUAGGUCAUAAAGCCAUGCAAAAAUUCAAAGAAAACCAUUACGGCCACUUCCAAUACUUAAUUCAUAAGUUUUUUUAUCCGGAUGUAAAAGAAGAAUUCACGGACAGUGUUUUGGCCUUUGAACCAAUUGAUUUUGACAUUCAAAAAAUUUGUCCUCAAUUGAUAAAUUAUAUGGACGAUGAAAGACGAAAACAAUUGGAUGAGGACGAAUGGAUCAUUGAAUUGCAAUUUAGUGACGUAAAGUCAAUGUUUGAUCCAGUUGUUGAAAAGAUUAUUCGAUUAGUGCGAAAUCAAUUGAAUGCAAGUGGUCAACAAGCAUGCUCCGCUAUAUUUAUGGUAGGAGGAUUCGCUGAGAAUUCUUAUCUCGUUUCACGUAUAAAAAAAACAUUUGGUCGAGAAAUUCGUACAAUUGCUGUGCCGCAAAAACCCAUUAUGUCUAUUCUUAGGGGUGCCGCUGAAUAUGGGUUAAACAAAAAAAUUGUUAAAACGCGAAAACUUCGAUGGACAUAUGGAAUAGAAGUUAGUUCAUUGUGGCAAAAAGGAGUUGACCCGGAAAAACGAAAAACCCCCGAUGAUCGUAUUCUCAAAUUUAGUUCUCUAGCAGAACGAGGUACUGAAGCAUCACCCGAUCGAAAAUUUUGCGGUAUAUUUUUUCCAGUCUACGAAACUCAGGAAUCGAUUCGAUUUCGAGUGUUUCAAACUAAAAAGCUUGACGCAAAGUUUUGUGAUGAACAGGGAAUGAAAGAAAUUGGAAGCAUGAUGAUGAAUUUAGGCAAGCAUUUUGGGUUAAAUAGACCUGUGGAAUUUGGCUUAACGUUCGCUGAAGAAGAAAUAAAAGCAACUGCUUGGAAUAAGGGCCAACAUGGCGGGCUUUAA